UUGAUCUUCUUGAAGACUAUGAAAAUGAUACCGAGGAAAUUGAAUUGCUACAUUUACGUCUUAAUGAUAUAACAAGCUUAGGCCUUAACAGAUUUCCUAAUUUAAUGAGAUUAUGUUUAAGGCAAAAUUUAACUACCAAAAUUGAAGGACUUGAAUCCCUUGUAAAUUUAAAAGACUUAGAUUUAUAUGAUAAUCGAAUAUCUUAUAUUGAAAAUUUAGAUAAUUUAAUAAAUUUAGAAUCUUUAGAUUUAUCAUUUAAUAAAAUUCAUGUAAUUGAAAAUAUAGAAACACUGACUAAAUUAACAAAUAUUUAUUUUGUUCAAAAUAAAAUUUCAAAAAUUAAAAAUUUGGAUUCACUUGUCAACAUUACUAAUUUAGAAUUGGGUGCAAAUAGAAUCAGGGCAAUUGAAAAUUUGGAUAAUCUUGUUAAUUUAGAACAGCUUUGGCUUGGUAAAAACAAAAUUACUGAACUUCAAAAUUUAGAAAAUCUUAGAAAUCUUAAAAUUCUUAGUAUUCAAAGUAAUAGACUAACCAAAAUAAAAGGUUUAGAAGGCCUAACUAACCUGGAAGAAAUUUAUUUAAGUCAUAAUGGAAUUAAAAAAAUUGAAGGAUUUGACAAUAAUUUGAACUUAAGGGUGAUUGAUAUUAGUAAUAAUCUUAUUGAAAAAAUUGAAAAUGUCUCACAUUUGGAAAACUUGGAAGAAUUUUGGGUAGGCAAAAAUUUUGAAGAAAUAUCAAAGGAAUUUAGUAAUUUAAAGAAAUUAACAACAGUUUAUUUUGAGGGAAAUCCUUUACAAACUAAUAAUCAGGCAAUUUAUCGGCUUAAAUUAAAAACCAUUUUAACACAAUUAAUUCAAAUUGAUGCAACGUAA